AUGGGUGUACUUCAAGAUAAAGUGGCUGGCAUUCUACGGAUUGAGGAUCAGCAGUUCGCAAGAGAACUUCUGGCCGAAAUCAUCGGAACUUUCUUCCUUUUAGUGAGUUUGUUGGGUUCCCUAUAACUGGAUAACUGUGAGAUUUCAGCUUAUCGGAAAUGCUGCUAACAUCCAAUCCGCAGCCGCAAUCGGUGGAAACUCGACUUCCUGCCACAUUGCCUGGGGAAUCGGAUUUAUGUUCGCCGUGUACCUGGCAGCCAGUGUCUCCGGAGGGCACCUCAACCCAGCCAUCUCUGUCGCUCAAAGCAUUCUCGGAAAUCUGCCACCAUGGAAGAUUAUUCCAUACGCCAUUGCUCAAGUUAUUGGAGCAUUCCUCGGCGCUGCUGUCGCAUACUUCGGACAUCAUGGUAGAUACCGUACUUAAAACAGUUCCCGGAAUUGUGAUUGUGAUUCAGAUGACUUGUGGAAGCUUGACGGCGGAAUCCGCCAGGUGACUGGAGGUCAAGCUACCGCUGGACUGUUCACCACGUUCCCGCCGGAUCACAUGUCAGUGUGGGGAAGUCUUCUCGAUCAGGUCAGUUAUCCGUUCCGAAUUUAGCUGACACUUCAAAAAGUUGUUUCUUCUCAUUAUUUUUCGUAACGUGCAGAAGAUUGAUGAGUUUGUUAAUUGAUGAAUCGGCGAUGGUUCUUUGGUUGUUCAGAGAAACUACAGACUACAAAUAGACAUUUACUUCCUCAAGUUACUGUAGUAUCUCACGUGGUCAAUCAUCAAAAGGCAACUAGAUUUUCUCCUAUAAUCAAAUUAUUUAGUUGCACGCAAGGAACACUUGGUGGCCCUGAGAAUAAUGAUCAGAAAUCGAAAGGCCCACUUCGGCUAACUUUAUGACUAAUUCAGGUUGAGGCUGAAGAAAUUAGUUCUGACGCAGUGGAUGGAUAAACGAGCGAGGAUAUGUACAUCAAGUACAUUUCGGGUUUUUGCAGAUUAUCGGAACAGCGAUGCUGUCGGGAUUGGUCUGUCUUAUCACUGAUAAACGUCACCAGAUCCCAACGGGCGUCGUUCCCGUUCUUGCUGGAAGCAUCAUGAGCAUGGUGAGACCGUCUGCAGCACGAACUGGUAAAUUAAAGAGACCCUAGGUUGCUAUGACUUUCGGAGCCAACGGUGGAUUCGCUAUCAACCCAGCUCGUGACUUCGGACCUCGUCUUUUCUGUCUUUGCGCUGGAUAUGGAUGGGAAGUCUUCAGGUUAGGAUGACCACCGCCAAAUGAUAGAUAACGUAGGAAUUGCUGUAUUUUAGCGCUCACAACUACUACUUCUGGAUCCCAAUUGUUGGUGCUCUUAUCGGAGCCGUCAUUGGAGCCUGGAUCUACAAAAUCUUUGUUGGGCUCCAUGGAAUGAACGAGAGCCUCGAUAUCCAGCCAACCAAGGGUUACAAUGUUAGUGUGAGAGUUGACGGAGCGUAUAGCAAUGGCAGCAAUGGCAGCUACUAGUUUCCAGCAUGCUUCAUCUCAAUUUUUAGCCCCCAGCUCUUUGGGAGCCUCCCAUUAUCCGUUUCUAACACCAACUCUCUGUUAUCGGACUACGUACUAACGAGUUAUUCAACCAGUCAUUCCAUUCUUUCCGUUAUUGCAUUUUAAUCGGUUUCUGCAUCCCAAAAAUCGGUUCUACCCGUGGAAUAAUAAACAAUGUACAUAGCGUAUUUGAUUUGCAUGUUGAACAGAAUGGAACAAAAGAAGGAGAGAAAGAUAAAAAGAGGGAAAAUGUUGCAGGAUAUGCAGAGAAAUUCGGAGGGCAUUCUCAUCGGAUACGAUAACACUUUGUCCAGGUAAGACCUGUCCAAGGAUCAUUCUUGAUGCGAGGCAGGCCGAAAGAACAGACAGCGUCAGGCGAAAAAUUGAUCAGCUUAUACCCGUUAUCGUGUUUCUAUCCCUACCUCUUGAAUAUGUUUUUUCAUACGUUCCCCCCACUAGACCAUCAUUAUCCCUCACAUAAUUAUACAUUAGUGUAAUACCACUUGUGAUCAACAAGUUUUUCAGCCGGCUAGACGCCAUACGCCUCCACUACAAGCCAAUCCUCACACCACUUUUCUUGUUUCCAGGGCCCGCGGAGAAAUUGCUGCACAAAAACCAUACGUUCCAAGCUAUCAGGUUUUUGAAUCUAGCCGUGAGCAAAUUGCAACAGCCGAUCGUCGAUAUUAGUAGUGUUCUCUGUCCAGUCCGAUUUCAAUUAGCUCUGUACCCUCGAAAUGUCUUCAGAUGUAUGUGCCUAUUCUUUCAACGAACUUUCUCUUUCCGUCAAAAAUUGCUUUGUCAUGUGUUUCCGUAUUUAUCUAAACGUUCAAUUCACGUUCAAUGCUUCCAAUUCUUCGUCUGAUCUUUUGCUGAUCUUUCUCGUUUCUUGUUUUAACAAGAUGUUUGAUUGGUCUUUUGCUUUUUACUGCACUAAUAUUCAAAUCGAGCAUUCCACUCCUUUCAGACACCCACUCAGAUAAGCACUGCUCACUCUCGCUCGUUUUGAAACAACUUUAUAAAUUCGUGGCCAAAUCCGAUUACAACCGAGCCUAGGCACUCCGUCCGGACGCGACCUGCGCGACACUCUGUUUUCUGCCGAAAAUGCGCAAAUGUGCAACAGAUGCCCGGACAGGCGGCUCGUUGACGCCCUCCUUUUCCGUCCCGUCUGCCAACGUCUUCGUCUUUCCUUACAAUUUUCUGUUCGUCCGCCAUUCGAUCGACAAUUAUCUCUAGAUUCUCUCUCUCUUUCCUUCUCUCUUUCCCUCCUGUCCCGGACUACAUCAAGAACACAUGAUUUCUUUGUCUCUUUUUAGGAAAAUGUACACGUUGGAGCAGUGUUAUCUCGACAACUGAUAAGCCAGUUGGGAAAAGGAAAAAAGGGUCACAUACACGGUUUCUCUCUCUCUCUUUCUCUUUCCCCGUCAGUUUUCCCAGCCACGGCCUCUGGUUUUUUUGUCUUUUUCUCAUCAUUUGCAUGAGAACGAGGAGUGACUCGUAUCGGACAUGUGGUAAGGUUUUCUCCAUUCCGUCCUACUCCUUUCUCUUCUUCUUCUUCUUUGUCUUUUCAUCUGCAACCGAACUGCACCGAUACGAUAGCAGCUAUCUUUGAAGAUCUCUCGCAGACGGCCCAUGUGCGUCGUCAUCUGGUCACGCGCGAGGGAAAGAGAGAGGGAGAGAGAGGGAUUGGGGCCGCAUUGGGUGUCGGUUGGUCGCCUGCUGCCGUCGCACAAUGCAACACUGCUCUACUGAUAAUCCUUCCAACAUAUCUCAUAUCCACUGCGCUGCGCGUCGUUUUUCCCGCGUUUUUUGCAGUCUUGGUUGCUGCAAGUGUCAGUGUCAACGCAAACAGUCCGCGUUUUGUUUGUUUUGCAUUGUUUUGUGGGCCCGCCGCGGCGUUCCGUUGCAAUACAAGUGAAUCAUCGCCUUUUCAUGCGUUCAUUGCCCUUUUCUUCUCAUUUCCGUUUAUCAAAUUCAUCUCCGUUACAAUUCUCACUUUCUUUCUCGAAAAAACUAAUUUUUCAGCAAUGCUCUGGUGGUGGGAGUCGCAGUACUGGCUGCCCCGUGGCGUCAACUGGGCAGACAUGAACAACAAAACGACAGACUCCGGAUUCAUGUACCCGCACUACUCACACCUCUGGAUGACUGUGCUCACGGGAUUAUCACUUAUUGUGAGUUUGGUCCAGGAAUUAGGCAGAAAUGAUUACGAAGAGACUUGCAGGUUUAUCGCAUUGUAUUCGAGAAUUACAUAUUUGUUCCGUUAGCUUACUUUCUUAGCCGCAAAAACGCCCCAGAGACAAGACGUGAGCUAUUUUAAAGUUUAAGUCAAAUGAGUUGACUUUAUUUCCAGAAGGACAGCUGGAUCGAGAGAAGAAGUACAGUCGAAUGGCCGAAUGUGCAAUGAGAUGUCUUUACUACACCAUUUCCUUCAUUACUGGGUAAGUAUUUCGAUGUGAAUACAUUGCAAAGCGUGGUUCCGUCGAUCUUACGUCACUUGAGUAGUGUAUGGUUUCCCUGAUUAUCUAACUAGUCUUGACCGAGAAUCAUGUUGAAAAAAGAUCGACAUUUUGUCGGCAAUAAUCAAGUUUUUUAUCAGUAGUCAGCAUAAAUUGUCGACCAAAAGCGAUAGUGUGUUGAGCAAGUUAAAUUAGUUGCGGAGAGCAAAAGUUUGGCAUCACGGGAAAUGUGAGUAUUGCAUUUUUUCAGAGUCUACCUUGUGUCCGGUGAAUCACACUUGUACGACAUCUCGGAAUGCUGGAGGAACUGGCCCUUCCACCCGGUACCAACCGCCGUCUCCUGGUACUACUGGAUUCAGGGUGGAUUCUACAUUUCGCUUGUCUUUGGGUAAAAUCAAUUGACUUUGAAAAAUUAUUUGUUGAUCAACAAAUAAUUUCCCCUGAAUUUCAGAAUUCUGUUCCUUGACGCAAAGCGAAGCGACUUCUAUCAAAUGCUCUUCCACCACCUGAUCACACUGACACUCAUAGGAAUCUCUUGGAUUAUGAACAUGGUCCGCGUCGGCACUCUCAUUCUAGUCAGCCACGACGCCGUUGAUAUUCUCAUGUGAUUUUUUGGAGUUGUGGAACGGUAGAUUGUAAACGAUUUUUAGCGACCUCGCAAAGAUUCUCCGUUAUGAAGGACUCGACAACGCAUUGGCGGUGUGCUUUGCCGGUGUUCUGCUUGUGUGGGUGGCGACUCGACUCGUCUACUAUCCAUUCUGGAUCAUCCGAUCCGUUUGGUUCGACGCCCCGGCUUUUAUCCAGGACGAUUAUGAAUGGUUGAAUAUGGGACAGCAACCAAUGGCUCCUCGGUUCAUUAUGAUGCUCCUCUCUGCUCUUCUCAUCCUCCACAUCUUCUGGGCGUAUAUUUUGUUCAAGGUAUGUUUUUGGAAUGAAAGUCAGUCUAUAGUAACCAGUAACCGUUUUCUGUUGCAGAUUGCCUACGAUUCGGUCAAUGAAGGAGUUCUGGACGAUGUUCGCGAGGAUUAUGACGAGAUCUCCAAGUGCAACCGUGAAAAGGCAAAGACCAAGAAUAAGGACGAUUAG